AUGGCUCGUCGAUACGAUUCCCGAGUCGAGUACGCUUUGGAGGCCAUCUCCCACGCUGGCACAGCCAUUGGCAUCCUCGCCAAGGAUGGAAUCGUUCUUGCCGCGGAAAGGAAGGUGACUUCGAAACUUCUUGAGCAAGAUACCUCUGCUGAAAAGCUUUAUAUUCUCAACGACAACAUGAUAUGUGCUGUUGCCGGAAUGACAGCCGAUGCCAAUAUCCUCAUCACCUACGCGAGGCAAGUUGCCCAACGCUACCUUCUCACCUACAACGAAGAUAUUCCCUGCGAACAGCUCGUGCGGAGGUUGUGCGAUCUGAAGCAAGGCUACACUCAGCAUGGCGGUCUCCGACCCUUCGGUGUCUCCUUCAUCUACGCUGGUUGGGACCCUCGUCGCCAGUUCCAACUAUACCAUAGCAACCCUUCGGGCAACUACGGUGGAUGGAAGGCCACAAGCGCUGGCGCGAAUCACGCCAGUGCCCAGAGCUUGCUGAAGCAGGACUACAAGGAGGAUUGCACGCUUAAGGAAGCUUGCGCGCUCGCUGUCAAAGUACUCAGCAAGACGAUGGACUCUACAAAGCUCAGCAGCGAGAAGAUCGAAUUUGCGACAGUGGGCCAGACCAGCGAUGGCAAGAUCUACCAUCGCCUGUGGAGUGCGGACGAGAUCACAGCAUUGCUUAAGGAGCAUGACCUAGCCAAGGAUGAGGGCGCGGAGGAGAAGUAA